AUGAGUGAAUAUUCAAACCAGAGUCAGUCCGGCAGCGAUUAUGAAUGGCAUUAUGAGUAUUAUGAUGAAGAGAAAACCAUGUCCUUCGAGGGACUGAGAGCCAACAGAUACUCUAUUGUGAUUGGUUUCUGGGUCGGACUGGCCGUGUUUGUCAUCUUCAUGUUCUUUGUUUUGACGCUGCUGACCAAAACAGUAGCUCCACAUCCAGAUGGAAAGCAUCAUGGUCUAUCUGACUGUGUGCUGGAGCUCAGCGGCUCUCAGGCGUUUUCUCUCCCGCCGCUGCCGGACCAAUCACAUUCCCUCUUUCACUUCAACAUCCACGAGGAGGCCGUCAGAGACACAGUGAUUGGCCGAGCGAGGUGUUGUGGGCGGGGCCCCGGGGAUGAGCACGUCCUCUCCGACUCCCACAUUCCAAACUUUGUGAGCUCCGAGCAGUGCUCCAGCAUCGGGAACGAUGACUUCCUGCUGUGUGAGCUGCCAAUCAUCACAGACAGCCAAUCAGCUGCUCCGAAGAGCUAA